CUUAAAUCAUUAGAAACAAAAAGAGAAUGAGUUUGACACUACAGUUUCUGCUUCUUCUUCUACUUGUCUUGAGUCAUGUUGAUUCUGGUUCUACUUCUAUCGUCAAGUUUCUUCCUGGUUUUGAAGGCCCUCUUCCUUUCGAACUCGAAACCGGGUACAUUGGUAUUGGUGAAGAUGAGAAUGUGCAAUUUUUCUACUAUUUCAUCAAAUCUGAGAAGAACCUGGAAGAAGAUCCUCUUCUUAUAUGGUUAAAUGGUGGACCUGGAUGUUCUUGUCUCAGUGGCCUUUUUUUUGAGAACGGACCUUUGGCUUUGAAGAACGAGGUUUACAAUGGCACUGUCCCUUCUUUGGUCUCUACUACAUAUUCAUGGACAAAGACGGCAAACAUAAUAUACUUGGAUCAGCCUGUUGGAUCUGGCUUCUCUUACUCAAGAAUUCCAAUUGAAAAAACUAGUGACACAAGUGAAGUUAAGAGGAUCCAUGAGUUUCUUCAAAAGUGGCUAAGCAAGCAUCCACAGUUUUUCUCCAACCCUUUUUACGUUGUAGGAGAUUCUUAUUCGGGCAUGAUUGUUCCGGCCCUCGUUCAAGAAAUCUCAAAUGGGAAUUAUAUAUGUUGCAACCCUCCUAUAAAUCUACAGGGUUAUGUGCUCGGCAAUCCGAUAACACAUAUUGAAUUUGAACAAAACUUUCGCAUUCCAUAUGCUCAUGGAAUGUCAUUAAUCUCUGAUGAACUCUACAAGUCAAUGAAGAGAAUCUGCAAGGGAAAUUAUUUCAAUGUGGAUCCACGUAACACAGAAUGUUUGAAGCUUGUUGAAGAAUACCAUAUGUGUACUGACAAAAUAAAUAGCCAUCAUACAUUAAUAGCAGAUUGUGAUGACUCAAACACAAUCCACAUAUCUCCUGAUUGCUAUUAUUAUCCGUAUCAUCUCGUUGAAUGUUGGGCCAAUACCGAUAGCGUUCGCAAAGCUCUUCAUGUUAUUAAUGCGAGCAUAGGAGAAUGGAUACGAGAUAAUCGUGGUAUUCCAUACAAUCGCGACAUUAUGAGCAGUGUACCAUACCAUAUGAAUAACAGCAUUAAUGGCUACCGAUCUCUUAUCUUCAGUGGUGAUCAUGACAUAACAAUGCCUUUCCAAGCAACUCAGGCCUAUAAAUCUCUAAAUUACUCCAUCACUGAUGACUGGAGGCCUUGGAUGAUAAAAGAUCAAAUCGCUGGAUACACGAGAACUUUUUCCAAUAAGAUGACAUUUGCUACAGUCAAAGGAGGUGGACACACGGCAGAAUAUCUACCAAACGAGAGUUCUAUCAUGUUCCAAAGGUGGCUCAGUGGCCAGCCUUUGUAAUAGAGGCUCAUCAUGACUUUUGUCCUUUUGUCUCCUUGUCAUAACCUUGUCGGUCACCGCGUGAUAAUAAAUAAGUUUGCAGAGAAGUUUUUGUUAAUGAACUUUUAUGCAUGAUAAUAUAUCAUACUUGAAUUUGAAUCA